AUGUUUGGUAACACUAGAAAUAACAGUUUUUGGAGUACAUCUGGUCAACAGAACGCUCCUUUAUUCGGUAACAUGUCUGGUACUACUACAGGUUCCACCAGUUUGUUUGGCAAUACAUCUGGUACCACUAAUACAACAUCCGGAAGUCUAUUUGGUUCCAAUACUGGUACGUCUACUAGUACUGGUUUGUUUGGUACAACCACAAACAAUACAACGGGUGGUUUAUUUGGUUCUAAUAAUGCUACCUCCACUACUGGUACUGGAUUAUUUGGUAACACUACGGGUACAUCUACUACGACGUCUGGAGGUUUAUUCGGUAACAUGUCUGGUACUACUACAGGUUCCACCAGUUUGUUUGGCAAUACAUCUGGUACCACUAAUACAACUGCAUUCAACCAGAUUACGGGAAAUGAAGUGGCAACAUCUAUUACUACAGAUGGGGAUACAGUUAAUAAUGUAGCUUUCGGUCAAAAAAAUUCUCAGGAAGAGUACAGAUGGGAAUACUAUAAAAGGAAUGAUCCUAAUUUCAAAUCUAAUACAACGGGUGGUUUAUUUGGUUCUAAUAAUGCUACCUCCACUACUGGUACUGGAUUAUUUGGUAACACUACGGGUACAUCUACUACGACGUCUGGAGGUUUAUUCGGUAACAUGUCUGGUACUACUACAGGUUCCACCAGUUUGUUUGGCAAUACAUCUGGUACCACUAAUACAACAUCCGGAAGUCUAUUUGGUUCCAAUACUGGUACGUCUACUAGUACUGGUUUGUUUGGUACAACCACAAACAAUACAACGGGUGGUUUAUUUGGUUCUAAUAAUGCUACCUCCACUACUGGUACUGGAUUAUUUGGUAACACUACGGGUACAUCUACUACGACGUCUGGAGGUUUAUUCGGUAACAUGUCUGGUACUACUACAGGUUCCACCAGUUUGUUUGGCAAUACAUCUGGUACCACUAAUACAACAUCCGGAAGUCUAUUUGGUUCCAAUACUGGUACGUCUACUAGUACUGGUUUGUUUGGUACAACCACAAACAAUACAACGGGUGGUUUAUUUGGUUCUAAUAAUGCUACCUCCACUACUGGUACUGGAUUAUUUGGUAACACUACGGGUACAUCUACUACGACGUCUGGAGGUUUAUUCGGUAACAUGUCUGGUACUACUACAGGUUCCACCAGUUUGUUUGGCAAUACAUCUGGUACCACUAAUACAACAUCCGGAAGUCUAUUUGGUUCCAAUACUGGUACGUCUACUAGUACUGGUUUGUUUGGUACAACCACAAACAAUACAACGGGUGGUUUAUUUGGUUCUAAUAAUGCUACCUCCACUACUGGUACUGGAUUAUUUGGUAACACUACGGGUACAUCUACUACGACGUCUGGAGGUUUAUUCGGUAACAUGUCUGGUACUACUACAGGUUCCACCAGUUUGUUUGGCAAUACAUCUGGUACCACUAAUACAACAUCCGGAAGUCUAUUUGGUUCCAAUACUGGUACGUCUACUAGUACUGGUUUGUUUGGUACAACCACAAACAAUACUAACGGGCAAGUCUCCAAAAAUAUUAGUAGAGUGGGCAACUUUCUAUUGAACUGGGAUUUUGGUGCACAAUCCCCUGGAGUUGCUAGUUUCUGGUCAACCCAUAUUGACAUACCUGUUGAGGCUCAAGAACAUCUGAAGAAACUAAGCGAGCUUAGGAACAAAAAUCAGUUAUUAUCACAUGAAUCUACAAUUUCUACUAGGGCUAAUCCAUCACAUAAAGAAAUCCAAGAUAGAUUUGGUCUACGUAAAAUAUUGAAGGACCUAGGAAUUCAAACUACACGCUAUUCUUUACCUCAGCAGUAUUUUGAGAUUGAUUCAACUCCUACAAAAGUCAUAAAUGAAUGGAGUUUUAGCACACAAUCCAAUAACCAAAUGGAAGAUAAACUUACGGAGGGAUUCAGUACAUUGCCGGUCAGAGGUGCUUCCAAGAAUUAUUACAGUGGUACAGAGAUAUAUACCACUGAGAAAUUCAUACCUUUGCACAAUGGUGGCAUAAAUGAGAUUGAAUCUCUUAGAUUUUAUGCUACGGCUGGCAAACUAACAGACUUAAAUACAGAAUCGAACGUACCUGAUCAAAUAUUCACAUUUCCUAAUUUCAACUCGGAUAAGGACUUAACAUUAGACGACAUAUCUCAAAGAGGAAGAAAUCGAGGGCAUCUUGAUGAUAUUUAUAAGCUAAAAGGUUCAAACAUCACAAAUGAAAUGACUGCACUCCAUUCAGAGAUUGAAAACACCACUAUGGAUGUUAGCACUACUACAAAUCCUCCUACCCUUUCUAAGCCAAAAUACACAACCAAACCAACUAUAGAAUCUCUCCAACUUAUGAACGAUAAACAGCUUUCAGAAGUUUUGGAUUUCCAAAUAAUUCACGAUGAGUAUGGUGACAUUUUGUGGCCGGGUUACACUGAUCUGCGAAGUUUGAACCUUGAUGAAAUUAUCGACAUUUCAUAUCGCAAAAUUACAGCUUAUUCUAAUACAGCUAUGGUACAUCCGGUAGGAAGGGGUUUGAAUAAGGAUGUAAUUAUAACUUUUCGUGGAUGUGUACCUCAAAAUUUCGAUGAAAGGCAAUCUAUAACAUCUCAAGUCAGUAAAAUGGAAAAAUUAAAAAGAUAUACGGAAUCUAUUGGUGGGAAAUUCAUAUUAGCCAAUUUUAGGGCCGGAAUUUGGACAUUUUCACUCCCAUAUUUCAUUUCGGAGAGCGAGAUAGACAAAGGCAAACAUUCACCUUUUUACUUUGAAGCGAAUCUCGCUGACUAGUUUUUAUAUACAUUAUUCUAAUGUAAUAUCUCGUUU